AUGGCUACCAUUACUAUUUGCAAAGAUAACAAAGGCAAAACCAUUGGGAAUGUAAUUAUUGAAGUGUAUUCACGUACAUAUCUACAAAUCUCCAUUUUUCGCUUCAUCCUUCUUUAUUUAAAUUCACAGAUACAGACCAUUGUCCGACUAACGGAGUGGAGACCUUGGAAUGUCUCCAAUACCGUCCCUAAUGAUAUCCUGGUUACCAUUGUCAGUGAUGAUAGAAAACAAUCUAAAGGUGUACGUUAUUCUGACUCCACAGAAACACAAACUAUUCAGUUUGAAAAUAUGGGUCGUCCUCUUUAUUCAUCUUAUGUUAUUAGAUACCUCAGUGAAAACAGAAACCUGAAUAUCUGUAAGGCUGACCGUGAAACUAGUACAGUAGUAGUGGUCAAUCAGUCAGGAAUUAGAUACAGUAUACAUUCUUCUAAUACCAAGGAAUUAUUCGAAACAGUCGGUAUCGCUACAGACAGUCAGAGUCACAUCCUGACAGCAGAUUAUGACGAUCACCGUAUCCACAUCCUAGAUCAAGACGGACAGUUCCUCCGCUACAUUCACAACUGUGGUUUAUAUGGUCCAUACGGUUUAUGUGUGGACAUCAAAGACAACCUCUUUGUGGCUAAUGGAGAUAAAAAAGUGAAGAAAAUUCAAUAUCUAUAA